UUCAACGAAUACAUUAUGUGCAGAUCGUGCGAUCAUGGCAAUCCACGAGGCCAUUACUUUCGGGCAUUUUGUCAAACAGUUCGCGUGCCUUGUGGAUGCUUCCACACUUCGCUACCAGAGCAUUUCCAACUACAUCAUCUGACAAAAACCCCUCCUCCAUUUUGCUUUGAUGGAUGUCCAUACCUCGGCACAGGCAGGUAGUAUGCUGGCGAAAAUUGUGGAAUUUGGCUUUACCCUGCCAAUUGCAUUUUUAAAUCCCUUUUUGAGCAUUACCUCUGAUCAUUACAGUCCAUGAGAACACAUUUCUUUGAGGCAUUUUGUCAAACAGGUCACACACCUUGUCUAUGCUUCCACACUUUGCAUACAUGUCUACUACGGCUGUUGCAACUACGACAUCUGACAAAAUUUUCAAAUACUUGAGCGAAAAUCCACUAAACUACCGCACUUGACAUGCAUGUAAUUUUCAGCAGAGUUUAAAUGUUAAAAUUUUAUUGUAUUUAGCCGCCAGAACGUUGAUGUGGAAUCAAGAUUAAAGAACUCUGUCACGGUCAAUAUUGUUGUGAAGCUUAACCUUUGUUUGACUUUUUUAUUGAAUAUUACAUCUGCAAUUCAUUAUACAGAUGCCCAUCUAAUAUUAAUAAUUUUUUAACAUUUCAACUCUGCUGAAAACUUCAACAGAAGAAAGCGUGAUCUCAUAUCUUUCCUAUACUACUUAUCAAGGGAGUGCUGCCCGCCAGCACAUUGUUUUCUGAAGAUUUUUUAUUCCAGGCACUGCAAAUGCUAAAUAAGUCAAAUGCAUCGGCAGACCAUCGAACAAGUUUUGGUUUUGUUGUCUUUGGUGGGAUUUGCGGCUGCAAAAUGCGUCCCUGAAAGAUGUGGAUCGAUGAAUGUGAGCUACCCAUUUUGGAUCAAGGAUCCCACUUGUGGCUACCCUGGUUUUCAGAUCAAGUGCAAGUCAUUUGGGAGCCAAUCUACCCCAUUUCUUCCCACCCUGGGUGGGGAUUUUGAGAUUACAGACAUAGACUAUGGCGGCCAUGUUGUAAUAAAUUCCACUUCUUUGAAAGCCAUGUCCUGCAAUGGAACAGACGAUGCAUCUGUUCUCUUCAGUCUAUCAGUGGAGGGGCCUUUCACCAUCUCAUCGCUCAAUAGAUUCGCAGUUAUAGGGUGUAGGUCAGUCGGGUCAUUCAGUGACUCAAGCUCGCCUGUGGGGAGAUGCCAAGCGGCGUGUUUGAAUCAGUAUGACCCACAAUACUGCAAUUGCUAUGGCUGUUGUGAAGCGGGCAUUCCAGGCUAUUGGAAGUCUCUCAAUUUCACGGGUGGAGGAUUUUAUUUUAACAAUUCUGCGGGAGCAUGUGGGUUCUCCACCGUGCUGGAUCCUCAGACAUGGAGUGUACCAGAAAAUGAAAAGUGCUUCUUUUCCAGGGGCCGUUAUGGCCUCCGCCUUGACUGGACUAUUGGCCAUCAAAAUUGCUCGGCAGCGAAAGGAACGCCCGCUUAUUCUUGUGACGCAUACGCUGAAUGCAUUGAUUCAAUUUCAGGCGAUGGGCAUCUCUGCAAAUGCUCUUCUGGGUAUCGGGGAAGUGGCUAUUCUAAUGGCACAGGUUGUACAGAUAUAGACGAAUGUAGCCAACCCAAUGCCAAUGAAUGCGUCAAAUCCUCUGCAGCGGUAUGUAUUAAUUUCGCAGGGUCAUACAACUGUUCAUGCAAAGAGGGUUAUGUCGGCGAUGGCUUUCAAAACGGAACAAGAUGCGAACCCACAAGCUCAAAUAAUGCCAUCAAACUAGCAAUCAUAGGGUCAGUUUCUUCGUUUGUUGGAGUUUCUUUGGCAGCCUGUGGAAUACUGUGGUGGCUGAGAAAACGUCAUAUGAAGAUUGUAAAGGCCAAGUAUUUCCAACACAAUGGAGGGAUACAAUUACAGCAGUACAUAGCUUCCAAGGGGGGAAGACAAAGUCUACGAAUAUAUUCUGCAGAGGAGCUGCAAAACGCCUCAGAAAAUUUCUCAGAUCGUAUGAAAUUGGGAACCGGCGGCUACGCCACUGUAUACAGAGGCAUAUUCUCAGACGGCUCAGUUGUGGCAAUUAAAAAGUCCAAGGAAAUUUGUGACGUACAAGAGGACGACCAGUUUAUCAACGAGGUUAUAAUACUCUCUCAGAUUAAUCACAGAAAUGUUGUAAAAUUAUUGGGUUGUUGCCUGGAAACUAAAUCACCAUUGCUGGUGUAUGAAUUUGUUGAAAAUGGGACGCUCCUUGAACAUCUACAUUCAAAGGAGAGUUGUUUGCCCUGGGAAAUGCGCUUCCAAAUCGCCAUUGAAACGGCAGAGGCAUUGGCAUAUCUGCACUCAGCAGCAGCGCAGCCCAUAUUCCAUCGGGAUGUGAAAUCUUCUAACAUUCUUUUGGACAGGACAUUCGCUCCAAAGGUUGCAGAUUUUGGGAUUUCUCGCCUGCUCUCUGUGGAUGACACCCAUCUGACAACUGAUGUGAUGGGCACGAGAGGUUACAUGGAUCCCCAGUACUUCCAGACGUUUCAGCUCACAGACAAGAGCGACGUUUACAGCUUUGGAGUAGUGCUGGUUGAACUCCUCACAGGUCUGCGGCCAUUGCUUCUUGAAAGGCCCAAAGAGGAGUGCACCCUAUCGGCCUUGUUUAUCUCUAAAAUCGAGUGCAACUGUUUGACAGAGAUUUUGGAUCCCAAGAUUGCCAAGGACAGCAACCAGGCAGAGAUGCAGAAUGUGGCAAUGCUGGCCAGAGAAUGCUUGGAAGUGGAAGGAAGGAGGAGACCAUCCAUGAAACAAGUGGUGGAGGAGCUUGUUUGGGUAAGAACUGCUGCUAGUGCUGCCACAACAUCACAUGAGAGCAUGGGGAGAGAUGGAGAAUCCCAAUUUUCAUCUUCCUCUCGGUUCCAUCACACAACUGAGUCAGGGGCAUCAAAUAAUAAUAUGUACCGGAGUCAAUCUCAUCCUGCAUCAGUGCCCUCACUUUAUGUGCACGAUGUAAGAUCAAUGAGUUGGCGGAGUGAGGCUUAGGUUUCACUAGAUGGAGAGAGAUGUUGAAUGGAGGAUCUUAUGAUCAAGUGGCAAGACUUAAACAAUUGACUAUAUUAUUGAUUACACGACAUUUUUUUCCUGAUGUUGCAGAGAUCAAUUUUGUACAUGCUAAUCUCUACACAAA